GUGUGAAACGAGGAAAGUGCGUAUAUAUACUGUACAGCAAGUGAUGUUUGGUAGCUGCGCUCACACGUAACCGCCAUGCAAAUAUCGGGCAGGAAGCGGCGAUUGGAGCUGCGCUCGCGCUCGUCCUCGCGCUCGUCCCACACGCACACCGGUCACCUCUUCAGACUCGAGUCACUCGAAUUUGCAUCCGACGCCAGAAGGACGGUUUCCUCAUGAAAGCGGAGAGAGUUUCUUUCCCAGCGGCACCAUGGAUAACGCACAGGAGAAGAGAGUACAGCAGAACAGAGUACUGGACAAGAGAGCACAGGAGAACAGAAGUUUCUUUGGCAAAUUAAAGAACCUUGGUCCACCUGCUCCACCGAAGAGGACAGAAAAUACUGCUCAUUAUGGCUGGCCAGAGGGCGAGUUUGAUGAGGAGGAUGGUGAUACCUAUGAGGCUCCACCAUGUGAGCGUCCCGCCUUCAGUGUGGAGCACCGACCAAUGGAGGACAAUGUCUACAUAGAGAGACCACCAGCCCCCCAUGUCCCCAGCAGACAGGCACCGAUCCCUCUGCCGUCCAAGACAGCACCCGUCGCCAAAGCCAUGAAACCAGAGCCAAAUCGUGACCUAAAAGAAACCUACUUUGACCCCAGCUUGAAAAAACCACCACAGGUUAAUCGAAAGAAGAAGCCCAUCCUUAACAGUGAUCCCCCACCAAGGCCUGCUCCAGUGCCAGUCCCUGUGAACAUUCCUGCUCCGCAGUGUGAAGAAGAUGUGUACCUGGACCCAAAUGAAGGACAGGACAGCGAUGACCUUUAUUUGGAGCCUCAGGAAGCAGCUUGUUCCCCGAGCCCACGCCCAGCUGCAUGGAUGCACCCCCCAAUCAAAAGCUUGCCCUGCGAACCGCCACCUCCCAUAAUGAAGCCUCCAAUUCCCAGAGCAAUGGCUAACUGUCCCACAGCCAGUAACGCUCCAGCUCCUGAAGGCAGGCGUCCUCCGUUUCCUGUUAAACGACCCCCACCCACACCUGUCAUAAAACCCCUUCUUCCCGUGUCCAAGCCGAGUCCCCCAGCCCCUCCUGCUGUGGAGAGCCAUACCACAAUAAAAGUCAGUCCCGUUGGUCCAAAGUCUCCUUCUCUGUCAGGACCGAAGCAAGUCUCAAGGCUGCACGACAUGGAGUGGUUUGCAGGGAGCUGUGACCGCAAGGAAGCGGAAUCUGUUCUCCUAGGGGUCAAGAAGGAUGGGGCCUUCCUCGUGAGACACAGCUCAGCCCAGAGUGUACGGCAGCCUUACACACUGGUGGUUCUGUACCAGGAGAAGGUCUACAACAUCCCUGUGCGAUUCCUGGAGGAAACGCAGAGCUACGCCCUUGGCAAGGAGGGCAAGAAGACUGAGGAGAUCUUCGGGAGCCUUCAGGAGAUCAUCUCUCACCACAUGAAGAAUCCCAUUCUCCUAAUUGACAGCAAGAGCCAAGCGAAGCAGACCACGUAUCUCACCCAUCCUGCCCACCCUUGACUACCACUACUGCUGUAUUUAAAGACUCAUAUCUCCACUGCGUAUUCACAGCAUUCUCGGCAUUUUAGCUGCACACUUACACAAGGACACCCUUUAUAAAGCACAAAUCUGCUGUGACAGUUGCUAUAAAAUGGCACUGCAACCAGAAAAGCUAGGAGCUUGCAACUUUUUUGUCUAAAGUACAUUUCAGUGCUCCACGUUUGAUAGAAAAAAUAAUACGAGUCUGAAUUUAUUGCCAUAUUAUAGGUUAGUAGUGUAGGACAGUCUAU